UAGGGCCCGCGCACGCGCACUGCGGCCGCACCCCCGGCCGCUCGCUCGGUAUUAUGAUUAGCGCUGGGUGCGGGGUUCCGGCGGUCGGGAGGGAGUUGUCGACGCCGCGGCCGCUGCGGACCGAUGCCCGCCCGCCGGCUGAGGUAUCCAUUGCUAUGCUGAUAAUGAAGGCUUUAUUUCCAGCAGAUACGCUCAUAUGAGAAGACCCACUUCAAGAACUUUACGUAUUUUUCCCCUUGUUGCACCAGCAUGGCAGGGUUCAAGCGAGGAUAUGAUGGGAAAAUUGCUGGAUUGUAUGAUCUGGAUAAAACCUUGGGGCGAGGCCAUUUUGCAGUGGUUAAACUUGCCAGGCAUGUCUUCACGGGCGAAAAGGUGGCAGUGAAAGUCAUUGACAAGACGAAGCUAGACACUCUAGCCACCGGCCACCUCUUCCAGGAGGUGAGGUGCAUGAAGCUGGUGCAGCACCCAAACAUCGUUCGUCUCUAUGAAGUCAUAGACACCCAGACCAAACUAUAUCUCAUUCUAGAACUUGGAGAUGGAGGAGAUAUGUUUGAUUACAUAAUGAAACACGAGGAGGGUCUUAAUGAAGACUUGGCCAAGAAGUAUUUUGCUCAAAUAGUUCAUGCUAUAUCUUACUGCCAUAAACUACAUGUGGUUCACAGAGACUUAAAACCAGAGAAUGUAGUCUUUUUUGAAAAACAAGGCCUUGUGAAGUUAACAGACUUUGGCUUCAGCAACAAAUUUCAGCCAGGGAAGAAGCUCACUACAAGCUGUGGAUCUCUUGCGUACUCUGCUCCAGAAAUCCUGCUUGGUGAUGAAUAUGACGCCCCUGCAGUAGACAUAUGGAGCCUGGGUGUAAUCCUUUUCAUGCUGGUGUGUGGUCAGCCACCCUUCCAAGAGGCCAAUGACAGCGAGACACUGACCAUGAUCAUGGACUGCAAGUACACUGUGCCGCCCCGUGUGUCUGCAGGGUGCAGGGACCUGAUCACACGGAUGCUGCAGAGAGACCCCAAAAGGAGAGCCUCUCUGGAAGAGAUUGAAAGCCACCCUUGGCUCCAGGGAGUGGACCCCUCACCAGCCACCAAGUAUAACAUCCCCCUCGUGUCCUACAAGAACCUCUCAGAAGAGGAGCACAAUAGCAUCAUCCAGCGUAUGGUGCUCGGGGACAUCGCAGACCGAGACGCCAUCGUAGAAGCCCUGGAAACCAACAGGUACAACCACAUCACAGCCACCUACUUCUUACUCGCUGAAAGGAUCCUGAGAGAAAAGCAAGAAAAGGAAGUACAGACCCGAUCUGCAAGCCCCAGCAACAUCAAGGCCCAGUUUAGGCAGUCAUGGCCAACCAAAAUUGAUGUGCCCCAAGACCUUGAAGAUGACCUCACUGCCACCCCUCUGUCACAUGCCACAGUCCCACAGUCCCCUGCUCGGGCUGCCGACAAUGUUCUUAAUGGCCACAGGAACAAAGGUCUGUGUGACUCGGCCAAGAAAGACGAGCUCCCAGAGCUGGCUGGGCCAGCACUGUCCACUGUGCCGCCUGCGAGCAUGAAGCCUGCUGCCAGUGGGCGGAAGUGUCUCUUCAGGGUAGAAGAAGAUGAGGAGGAAGACGAGGAGGACAAGAAGCCUGUGUCCCUGUCCACGCAGGUGGUGCUGCGCCGGAAGCCGUCAGUCACUAACCGCCUGACAUCUCGAAAGAGUGCCCCAGUGCUCAACCAAAUCUUCGAAGAGGGCGAGUCGGACGAUGAGUUCGACAUGGACGAGAACCUGCCGCCCAAGCUGAGCCGGCUGAAGAUGAACAUCGCUUCUCCGGGCACAGUGCACAAGCGCUACCACCGCAGGAAAAGCCAGGGCCGCGGCUCGAGCUGCAGCAGCUCCGAGACCAGCGAUGACGACUCUGAGAGCCGCAGGCGGCUGGACAAGGACAGCGGCUUUGCUUACUCAUGGCACCGGCGUGACAGCAGCGAGGGACCACCGGGCAGUGAGGGCGAUGGCAGCGGCCAGAGCAAGCCUAGCAGCGGUGGUGGGGUGGACAAGUCCAGCCCGGGAGAGCAGGGCACGGGCGGUGGCGGCCAGAGUGGCUCAGGCGGGACCCCAUCGGGUGCAGCGGGCUCCUCCAGGCGCUGUGCGGGCCCCGACUCCUCUUCAUCCUCCCCAGCCUCCGCCUCCGCUGCUCCACGUGGUGCAGAGCUUGUGCAGAGCCUCAAACUUGUGAGCCUGUGCCUAGGCUCGCAGCUGCACGGCGCCAAGUACAUUCUGGACCCGCAGAAGGCCUUGUUCUCUAGCGUGAAGGUGCAGGAGAAGUCCACGUGGAAGAUGUGUAUCAGCGCCCCAGGCCCCGGCCCCGGCCCCUCUGCUGACCUGGACCCGGGCAGGACCAGGAAGCUGCGGAACAAUGUGCUCCAGCUACCUCUGUGCGAAAAGACCAUCUCCGUGAACAUCCAGCGCAGCCGCAAGGAAGGGCUGCUAUGCGCCUCCAGCCCUGCCAGCUGCUGCCACGUCAUCUGACCACGCCAUCUGACCUGCAGAGCGCGUUCCUCUCCAUUUGUUCUGACGUGACAGUGCAUGGUCUUUGUGCAUGCUGCUACACGCUACUUUUCUUUUCCAGCCGAAAAGUCUACUGUGUGAUUUUUACAUUCAUGAUUUCAGUGUGGAUGACCAGAAUGAAAUUGUAUAUCUGGAACUCAACGUAAAUGGAGCGCUUAGAAAUUCAUGUUCUGACUUAACCUGGAGGGAAAAUGCUUUCAUUUCCUUGUGAAAAGCCCAAAUUCCUGUCUGACCUCCGGUGAUAGGUAAAUCCAUGCUCUGAGGCACACCGGUGCCCGAGACAGAACCAAAGCAAUAACGUGGUGAUAGCCACAGGCCUGGGAGGCGCCACAGCUGCUGCCAGCCACCCAGGGCCUGUGCACCAAGAACCCAGCCACGGUUUGAGCGCCCACACCUGUUUGUCUUAAGCGAUAGUGUGAAAACAGUUGGGGCUCUUACAUUUUCAUUGACAAAGAUUUUCUUGUUUGUAGUAGGUGAGAUCAGCUACUUAGGUUUGUGAGGCAGCUUCCCCUAUAGAAUUACAAGGAGACAAUCUUUUGUGAGGUGAUGAGGUGAACUCUUGUCUUAACUACUUAGAGUGUAUGUGUUUGACAGAACAAACAGAAGCUCGGGGAAAGUUUUCCCUAUGGACAUACAGCAGGGCUCCUUCACACCUGUGGAGAGGAGACUGGAGGGCUUGCCUGCUGCAGUAGCCACAGCCACACGGGUGGCUGCAAAGUCACACCCACAAUAAAACAGCUUCCUGGGUUGGUUUUUCAAGAGCCUGGUGGUUAGGUGGCCCCUGGCCUCUUCCAUUCCCUGGCAGCGUUUGGCUCAGACGCAGAGAGCAGCUGAAGAGAAACUGCUCAGGAAAGGGUAGUACUAGAGCCCAUUCUGUGGGCUGCCUGCCUGCCUCACACUGCUCAGAAUUCUAGUCCGGACUGAUUAUCAUCUCCCCAGGCAUCUUUUCUGAUGCACUAGCUUCCCUAAUCUUGGGGAGCCCAGAUGCUGGUUUGUUUUGUUUUUCACACUGUGCCCUGUGGGUUUCGAAAGCAGUACUUACAAGUGACCUGUGGGUAGGUGUGGCUGCCAGGCCCAGCGUCCCUCCCACACUCCGGCUUCCUUUCCUGACUUGAGUGGCAGCAGAGGUGCAUCUGACCAUGUCAUUCAGGGCAGGCGAGGCACAGGCCAGUCACUUCCUUAGUGGCCACUUUGCUACCUUAGGGUUAAUGUAUAUUACUCAGAACUUCACAGUAGAACCUGAUACACUAAGUAAAAUGAUAAGAUACUCCCUAGACCUAGGCUAACGCUCGUGCUUUAAGCUACAGUCCCGUUCAGCGUGGCGAAGAUAGAUGUGUGGGUGAAGCCAUAGAACACAUUUGCUGGAAAUUCUUAAGCAGGGAUCUUCAAAGGGCCAGAAACCAGUGUGGUUCACAGAGACGGUGAGAGCUACGUCUGUGUGAGCAAGGAGAGACGUUUAUAAGGGGCAUUGCAAUAAACUUUGUCGCAGCCGUUUUCCAAGGAAUGUACAUACUUGUGUGGUCACGUCCAGCCUCAGAGUAACGCCUCUGAACUCAGCCGUAUGCGUUUGGUCCCCAGUGGUUUUAUAUUCAGGUGUAUAUAUGGUGCUCACUUUAGAUCAGCAGUGUUGGCCAUUUAUGCUGCAGAGCUGUAUCAUAGCCUUAUUAGUUGUGUGUGGUUGGUGACCCUUUGGGUACAUAAAUGUCUGUCCAUUUGUUGACAAGUGGAUGUUUGUGCAUGUGUUGUAUGUCAUGGGAUGUUGUCACGGGGAGGGAGCAGAACACCAUCACACCAAUAGUGGACCAAACUACUUCUUGCUCUAACCAGUUACUUGUCCCUAACCUGUCUUCAGAAGUCACAUAGAGUUACAGUAGUGUAUAAAUUAACUAUUGUGGGAAAAGUUAGUCUUGUAUUUUUCUGUGUGUGUGUGUGUGUGUAUAUAUAUAUAUAUAUAUACAUAUAUAUAUAAAAUUAUGUACUUCUGGAAUUCUAUCUGUAUUUAAAGAUGUGACAAUCUUGACACCGAUUUUAAUAGUCAUGAGACUGAACAGACAUGUCCUACCGAGCCAGAGUGGGUGUGUGCCGAGAGUACACACUUGUCGGCUGAUUGGUCAGUUGCCUCUAGUUCUGGCCAAUCUUCCUCCUUGUGUUAACGUUGACAGGUAUGUGACAGCUGGGAAGUAAUCCAAUAAUAAAGUGACAUACUGGUGUUCAGCAAUACAA